UGCAUGAAUAAGGUUAUGUGCAAAUUAUAAAAAAACAAUUCAAAUAACAUUGUUAAUUUAUUACCAGUUACUGCAAUAAUUAGUAAGUAUUAGACAAAAUAAUGUAUGAAUUGAACGGCUUUUUUACAUAAGAUAAUUAAAAAUGUCAGAAACUGUGGAAUUGUUGUUUUUCGAUACGUUCGCUCAUGACAACAGUGAAGAGCUUAAUUUGGAUUUAGUUCAAUUCCCAAAACCUGUAUAUGUUACCGAAGUAAGAAUAAUUCCACUAGGAGCCAGAGUUCAAGCUGAUUUCCCGGGAGGUGUUCGAUUGGGUGCUACUAACCCAAGUCAAUUUUCCAUUGAAUUUUUUGUAAACGAUUUAGGUAAAACUGGUGCGAGUACAUUCGAAAGCUUGGGGGGUUUUGAAUAUAAUCAAAAUGGUUGUAUUAACAUGGAAUGUGUUCCAAAUGAUACUGUCAGGAAAAUUCCUACAGAUGGCUUAGUUUUGAGAGGUUGGUACACUACAAUAACAUUAGCAGUUUAUGGCAUUCUCACAGCAAACAUCGCAGAACAACUAAUUCCACCAGUUGUAACUCCAAGUAUGCCACCUCAGACCAAUCCAGUUUCAGAAGUACCUCAAAUGGUGCCCAAUUCUACAAUCGAAAAUGAAUGGCCUCCAGAAGUAAUUCAACCUGUUCCAAUAGAGUAUGCACAACCUGCUGCAGCUCCCUAUACACAAGCAUAUGCCCAGUCAGAUCAAUUUCAACAGGAAUAUCCUGAAUACUACGAGGUACCAAAGGAUCCAAGAAACUACCACCACACACCUGAACAGGACUGGGACAAUAAAAGUAGAGGACGGUCGCUGGAGAGAGAACGGGAUAGAGAUAGAGAACGAGAUAGAGAUAGAGAUCGAGACAGAGAAAGGGACAGGGACCGCGAAAGAGGGCGAGAUAUUGACAGGGACAGAUAUGGGAAAAGCGACAAUCAUGAAAGAGACAUUUCGCGUAUGGAAAGCGAUAGGAGAGACCGCGAUCGAGACAGUAGGCACUUUUCGCGAUCACGUAGUAGCGAUCGUACACCACGUGAUUAUCGUGAAACGAGUAGGGAUAGAGAUCGCGAUCGCGAAAGAGAUUGGGAUCAUGAACGGCCUCAAAAUAUCGAUUAUCGAGACCGAGAAAGAUCAGAUAAAGACUGGGAUAGGGACAGGGAUCGUGACAGAGAACGGGACAGAGAUAGAGAUCGAGACAGGGAUAGGGAUCGUUCAUAUAAGCAUUCGGACAGCUACAGAAAUCGUAGUUAUGGACGUGAAGAAAGAGAAGAAAGUAGAAAGAGACCCAGGACGCCACCUCCAAUAAUGACUUCUCCAAAAAGACCUCAUACCCCUCAAAAUGAACAAAAAGAAACCAUUCAAAAAGAACAAGAAACAUUCCCAGAAAAUGAAGCAAGAGAACAAGAUAAAGAGGAAAAAGCAGACAUUAUCGUCAAGUCACCUAAAGAAGCCAAAUCUCCUCCAAAAGAAGAACUUCCACAAAUUGAGGAGGAAGAAUUUGAACCUAUUUUGAGCGACGAAGAUAUUUUGGAUGAUUCCGAACACUUUCAAGAUAUGGAUUAUGAUUACACUUCAUAUACAAAUAACGACGAUUUGAUAAAACUAUUUAUCCCAGGCACUACAGAACUGCAAAAGUAUGAAAAGCCUCAACCGUUCCAAAUACACGAAAAAACUAUAGAUAUCGAAGAAAAUUUGAAAGUGACCAUUGCAAUAAUGGACGAUUUUUUCAAAUCCAGUAUAACAAAAUACACUUUAAAUGAGUUUGAAAAUUUAAAUGGCGAAAUCAAAGAGGAGUUUAUUCACCUGGGAGAAAAAGUUAUAUCUACAAUGGGAAGUUUAGAGCAUUUUCUAUGUAUAGCAAAAAUUUAUGACAAAACUCAUGAAAAGAAAGAGGGAUUUUCUUCCUCAGAUGAGGAAAUUAUUGCCCAAGUACAACUAAUAAUCGACACAUUGAUGGAAUGGUUGGAGAUUGCUUUAAAUUUCAAAAUGGCAAAUGCUCAGAAUCAACCGGCAUACAAAAUUAGACACCUAAAGUGUGGUGUUCGUUUGGCAGAAUGGUGUAGCAACAGCGAGGAAUUUAUUCAUUUACUUUGGAAUCGAAAAUUUUACAUCGACGAAAUUCUUCUGAACUUAUACCACGAAGAGUUUAUGGCUUUGUCGAUUAAACUCAUGAUUUUAAGAGCAUUAAAUUCGUACUUACUACAUAAAUCUACAAUUGAACGGUUUAUAAUACAAAAUAAUCAAGAAGAAAAACCUAAAGAAAACGGUUUCGGAACUCAUGACCAUCCCACGUUUUUAAAGAAAAACGGGUAUACAACUUUAAUAGAAAUAAUACAAAGUAACCCUUCAGUUCGAUUAAAAUUCGCCUUGACGUCUAUUUUAAGAAAACUUAACUUAUUUGAAGUUCUUUCUAAACUUCAUGAUACAGUAGGUAAAAUGAAGAAUGAAACUGAUGAAUCUCAGCACACUGAUUUUAUUAUUAAAGCCCUCAAUCAAACCCUGGAGUAUUGUCAGUUAAGUCCCUUUGUGCUGUCUCAACCGAAAAGAUUUCUUCCAGUUGCAGCGCAAUUCGAAAUAAAUCGCACAGACACUAAAAACGUCUUAACUGAUUUCUUUAAAAUGCAUAAAUUUCUUGAAAGCAUUGUUUUACUCUUAACUCUUCCUAAUACUAUGAACCUUUCUUCUAUAAAGACGCCGAUUUAUAAAAUCUUAUCAGAACUCGCAUCAUGUGCAGAAGGGCUUGAAUAUUUGUCUUCUAAUUGUCAAACUGUGAACGUAUUAUUGCAGUGUCUUUUACAAAACGACGAUGAUAUUCAAUUCACAAUAUCGGACGCUAUGGUUUUAAAAUCCCAUAACUUGGGUCUAAAACUGGCUUAUAAAAUUCAAACUCUUUUUCACGUCGAAUGCUUAUUGAACAUUGGUGAAAAGUACAGAUUUGAUUGCGACGCAACUGAAGUUUUAGAUAAUUUACAUGCACUUUUCUGUUUGACGUUCUCGAGCAUAGGAAAAUUCGCAUGUCCCCAAGUCUUGGGAAUUAACGACAACUUGCGAUGCUUACUACAAUUUUUAGAUGUGAUUCACGUUAAAGAAAAGUCAGAAAUGCAUCUAAGUAAGCUGAAAAAAUCACCCGGUAUAGGAUACAUUGUUGAUUUAAUCGCAAUGACAAUAAUGUACGUGCCGAAUGUUCCGCUACUAGAAAAGUAUUCAAAACAGUUUUUACAAAUCAUUGCUCAUCAAGAUUUUUUUGAACCUUCAGCGUCUGCUAAAAUAAACGAAUUCGCUCCCUUUGUUAAACCGUUCGAGAACAUUAAUGUUUUAAAUUACGACAACAUAAGUAAUUUUGUGGAUAUUAUCAACAAGCAUAUCGACACAGUAACCAGUUAUCCCGGACAAUUAAUAACUUGUUUACAUAUUCUUCAUUAUUUAGGCAUUUCAAAGCACAAUAAUAACAACACUGACAAUCCUCUUAAUAAUUUUAUAGAACUUAAAUAUAAGCACGUAAUUUUGCAAUUCUUCUCCCUGGAUGGAGUUGCAGUUUUAACGAAAAUUUUGCAAAAACUUUGCGAUUAUUACGAACAACCAUAUUUACAUUCAUCCACCUUCGUCUCGAAUCAGUGCAUUAACAUUGUAAAUGUGAUAGUUCCUUCAGUGGAACUCCUGAAACAAAUGCUUUCGUACGUAAUUCAGUGUCGUAAUACGAAUUUUAAAGAUCUCACGUCUGUACCUGCUCUGCUGCAAACGUUUAAUUUAUUGCAGUCUUUCUCAUCAACGUCUCCUAUUUUUUCAAAAGCUAGAAAAACUUGCGAAAUCAUCAUAGAAACAUUGUUAGUUUACACGCAACCUUUAUCAGAAGAAGUAAGUGAAAAAGAUUCUUUGAAUAAGACUUUAUGGACUUUGAUGUGCGGGGAAGUGAUAAAAUUUGCAACUACCGCCCCUUACACUUUUAUUUCCGGUUUACUUGUGUUCUCGGAACUGUUACCAUUGCCGUUUCCUGUACAAACUCGAGAACCUCUGCAGAACGACGAAAUUUCGUGGUUAAUUAAUUUAAGGAAAUUGUGGUCAGCACAUCUCCAUGCCCAUACCAACAGCAUUCAAGAAAUGAUUAACAAAAUGUGUACAUCUUUACAUCAACCCCUCCUGAACUUGUUAAGAAGAGUUUGUGUGCAGCUAUCAGACUUGGCAGCAAAUUCUGCAAUAAUGAUUGCUAGGGGAAUUUUGGACUCGGUUUAUAGCGAACUGGUACAAAAAGAAGACAAAGUAGAGAUUUGUAGUAGCCAUGCUGCAAGAAUACUAAACUUCUUAGCUUGUCUGGUAACUCAUGGUACCUUAAAAUGCGCAGUGUUACAGUUAAUUAAUCCGAAUAAUUCUAAUGUAAUGAAAGGGGAUGAGAAAUAUUUACAGAUUCCUCAAGCUUUUGCGCGGGUCUUAAAAGUAAGCGACUUAUCGACUUCACACGUCCAAGCCCAAGAAUGCAUCUUAAGUAUCAUACAGAGUUGUUGUGAUACUGAAAUCACUUUGUUACAGUAUUCUACAGAAGGAAAGAACGCUGUAUCGGACGUUUAUUUGGCAAAUUCCCUGCCAACAAGAGACAAUUUACUUCUUUUCAUUUCCACAAUCAUUGAACACCUGAUGAGCGAUAAUUCUUUUGUAACCUUUUUGCCUAUUGUGAGAACGUUUUUGCUUUUAACAGAACACGAUUAUGGUUUUUUUCAUUUGAGAGACAUGUUAAGAAAAAGGAAUGAAGUCUUUUUGAACGUGUUGAAUAAACUUGCCAAAAAUUUUUCGAAGGACAACGGUGAGUGCCUGUCAACGUUAAAUACUUUAGUUGAGUUUUUGCGAGUAUGCGCCACGAUUGAAGAGGAUGAAGAAGAAAACUUAGCUUUCAAACCUAGAACAAUGAAGAUGACUAUUGAGGAAGUGAAGUCAUUGGUUGGAUGGAAGGGGGAGAAACCAAGCGACGAGAAUGAAUGUCAUCCACUUUAUACACUAGAAGAACUUUUAAAGAAACUAGUUCAAGAGGAUAAGACAUUUGAUAGUUUAUUGGAAGGUGUAUCAGGCAUAAUAAAUUUAUUAAAUUCAAAUGCAGAGACUGACACAAAAGAUUCCACUUUGGAGCCUAUUUUACCUGCGCCGGAAACACUGUUAGUUCAAUUUUCUCGGAGAUCUGUUUUUACAUUAACCGAAAUUGUUGAUGAAAGAUUAACCAGCGCUUAUUGGCUAUCAUCUCCUGCCGAUGAAGGAGAAACCGAAGCAGAAAAUAUAACACUCGAUUUAACCGACUUCUGUAAACAAAACUUUUCUCAAGAAGUAAAUUUGAUAAGGGAAGUAGAAAAAUUGUGUAGAAUUUGUCCGUCUAAUAAUGUCGAAGUGGACGGAAAUAAACCAAAGGGAGUCAACGAACAAGAAAAGAUGAAAAAACCAUUUGUGACGCCUAUGGCACGUCGCGGGUUUCCCCGAACUGUUCAGGCUCGAGCAGAUUUGUUCCGAUCAAGGCCACCUAAUACUUCUCGACCUCCUUCAUUGCAUGUGGAUGAUUUUGUUGCGUUGGAAACAUGUGGCGCACAACCCACUGGACCAACGGGUUAUAACAAAAUCAGCAGAGAACUUUUGUCGACGACUAGGGUCGCAAGAGGAUCCCGAGGAAGAGCUUUUGUCACGUCAGAAAGGGCUGUGCACUAUCGACAAAUGUCGUGGUGGGGUGCAGGGCUUCGAAGGAACCCAUAUUAAUAGAUAUUCCACCUUUUUUAUGUAUAAAUUAGCAACAUAAAUAGUUCUUGUGAUUUU